CCCACAGCCCGGUCCGGGUGACGCGUGGAGAGGCCGAGCCUCGCGGCGCUGCGCACACCCGCCCCUCGCUUCUGACGGCAUUUCCCAUGGCUGACUCCGUGGUUCCUUGCUCUUUGGGCCCAAGUGCCCUGGCUUCCAGUACCUACCGAGACUCUGCAGGUACCAAACAGACAAGGGCCCUGAAACGAGGAGGCGCGUCCAGAAGGCAAGCGGAACUGGAAGCCGCUGCGCGCAGGAAGGCAGAGUUUGAAAGGAAGGCUGUGCACAUCGUUGAACAGCUGUUGGAAGAGAACAUCACAGAAGAAUUCCUGAAGGAGUGUGGGGCGCUCAUCACGCCAGCCCACUACAGCGACGUGGUGGAGGAGCGUGCCAUCAUCAGACUCUGUGGCUAUCCGCUGUGCCCGAAGAAGCUAGGCGCUAUACCGAAGCAGAAAUACAAAAUUUCUACUAAAACCAAUAAAGUCUAUGAUAUUACUGAAAGAAAGUCUUUCUGCAGCAAUUUUUGUUACAGAGCAUCUAAAUUUUUUGAAACACAGAUUCCCAAAACUCCAGUAUGGGUUCGAGAGGAAGAAAGGCCUCCUGACUUUGAGCUUCUGAAGAAAGGACAAAGUGGCCGCUCUGGAGAGGAAGUGCAGUUCUUCCGGGAGGCCAUGACGGUCGCCGACCUCGACGGCCCUGGGGCCUCUCCCUCCAGCGACGACGACGAGGAAGGCUUCGUGUCCUCUCUUCUGCCGGGCGGCCCACCGAGGGCCGCGCCCCCCGCGGCAGCCGUGAGGGAGGAGGCUGCGGCCCGCCCGGAGAGCGCGGAGAGUGGCGCGGCGGGGGCUGCCGCCUCCGGGCUGGAGGAGCUGGCCGAGCGGCUGCGCGCCUGCCGCGUGGGCGCCAGGGAGGAAGCGGCGGCCGAGACUCCUCCACCCGCGCCUCCGGGCCCGAGCGCGCGUGAAGGCGGGCACGGCGUGGCCGGAGUUACGCUUGUCGGCCUAAGCCGGAGGAGCGCCGAGCUUUUCCGGAGCAGAUUUGCCCGAGGUAACCGGGGCUCGGCGGAGGCACCCCCGGCAGGGGCCGAGGGGCGCCCCGAGGCUGCAAAGGCGAGCUUACUUCGCGUCCUGAAGGACACGCUGACCGAGUGGAAGACCGAGGAAACGCUGAGCUUUCUGCGCAGCCAGGACUGUGCUUCUGUGAGCCUGAGGCCGUCACCCACGUGCGGGCCUGAUGGAGAGGCUGAUGAAGCUGAUGGGGAUGAUGAGGAUGACCUAAGCCGCUCCGGGCCUGCCCUGAGCCCGCCUCAGAGCAACCUGCAUGAGACCCUCCCUGUUAGGGGCUCGCAAACCGCUGUGCAGCCUCUGCCGAGCUAUGAGAGCUUGAAAAAGGAGACGGAGCUGCUGAACCUGAGGGUGCGGGAAUUCUACAGGGGAGGCUAUCUCCUCGGUGAAGAUGCUGCCAAGGCGCAGGACCCGGCAGAGAAAGUAUUUCCACGUGAUCUCAGCUUCCCACUGAUUGAUUCAAGUUCCCAGAACCAGAUUAGAAAACGGAUUGUUCUUGAAAAAUUGAGCAAAGUAUUGCCUGGCCUUUUGGGGCCUCUUCAGAUUACAAUGGGAGAUAUUUACACUGAACUUAAAAACCUUGUUCAGACUUUCAGAUUAUCCAAUAGAAACAUUAUACACAAACCGGUGGAGUGGACUUUAAUCGCUGUGGUGUUGCUGUCAUUAUUGACACCGAUGCUUGGCAUUCAGAAGCAUUCUCCGAAAAAUGUGCUAUUUACACAGUUUAUAGCCACCCUGCUGACAGAACUGCAUUUAAAAUGUGAAGAUCUUGAAAAUUUAACCACUAUAUUUAGAACCAGCUGCUAACCAGAAGGAUAAAAGUCAGGAAGACAGAAUAGAAGAUGAAUUCUACUCAGCGUACCUGGAACUUUAGCCAGUGAGGGUCCAUGGAUGACUGAUGACUGUGUACAUUACUUCCUCAGACACAGGAAAGCCAUUACCCCAGCAGGAAGAGGAAAGCUUUUAUACCCAGAACCUCAAAACACAGGAGUUCUAUUUGAGAAAGAAAAAAUAAAUGAAGUCUUAAAUUGAAACUUAAAUGAAGAGUCAAAAAAAUGUUACCUUUAUUUUUCUCUGGUCGAUUACAGCCAAAAUGCAAGAAAAGUGUAAUUGUGUCCUGUUGUAAACUUUAUCACAAAACCAGCAAAAGUUCUGUCAAUAAAUGUGAUCUUCAGGGAAGCCC